CUAGAAACAUAACCUUCGUCCAUCUGAUGAAUACGCGGUACUAAAUACGCCAUCUCUUUCUAACGCGUGCGCGUAUAAACUUGCCUGUUCUUGUCAACUUAGUGUGCACCGCGCUGUUGCAGGCGACACCAGUGUUCAGCGCAUUUUUGACAUGGAGUCUCGACGUGCACUGAGUGAUGACACAAUUGCGCGAUUAUUGUUGGAAGAGGAUGACACCAACUCACUGCCGGCUUCUUCGGAUGGUGAAAAUGAAGACUUUAUGGAGGUGGACGACGUGGAAAGCGAUCAACAAUAUGAACCCUCUGACCAAGAGGACAGUCAGCAAAUCCGUCACGGUUCAUCACCAUCUCACUCACGGGACCACGAGACCGACUCUCAAUCACCUGCUGAUUUAUUGGAAGAGACUACUUCUUCAUGUAUUUUGACCUUACCACAAAGUACCAUUCGUAGUCGCAAUCGUCACGUUUGGGCCACAAGUAAAGGUCGUACAUCAGGAAGGACAACUGCGAUAAAUAUCGUCCAUGUAGCAAGAGGGCCAUCUCGUGGUGUAAGAGGAAUGGUAGAUCCUUUAUUAUUAUUUGAUCAGUUCAUGACCGAUCAGAUAUUUGAAGAAAUAUUGAAAUGGACCAACUCUGAAAUCGCUAUAAAAAGACAAACGUAUGAACAAGUCACAUCUACUGGGAUGAUGGCCCAUCUACGUCUACUGCCGACCCUCGACCGACUCAAGCACAAUAUUUGAAUAAAAGGAAGGUUUGCGGUCUAUGUUCCUAU